GUGCGCUUCCCGCGGGAGCACGAGUUCUUCGAGGAUGGGGAUGUGCUUCGACACCUCUACCUUCAGGACGUGCUCACACAGGUGACAGAGGCGCCCGAGAGGCCCAGGGUCCCUGAGUUCACCUGUCAGGUGGCAGGCUGCUGCCAGGUGUUCGACAGCCUGGAGGACUUCGAGCACCACUACCACACUCUGCACAGAAACGUGUGCUCCUUCUGCAGACGGGCCUUCCCCUCAGUGCACCUGCUGGACAUCCACAUUCUGGAGUGGCACGACUCGCUGUUCCAGAUCCUGUCCGAAAGGCAGGACAUGUAUCAGUGCCUGGUGGAAGGCUGUUUAGAGAAGUUCAAGACCAGCAAAGACAGGAAAGAUCACCUGGUGAGAUGUCACCUCUACCCCGCUGACUUCCGAUUUGAUAAACCAAAGAAAAGCAGAGGCCCAGCCACGCCCGGGGCUGCCGUACAGGCGCCAUCUCCCUUCCCCGCGCUCCGCCGCCGGCCGUGCGCCGACUGCCCAGGGGCGCAGGCCGGCGGGCUUCUCGCCGUAGACCCCGCGCUCGCGUGCGGAGCUGGCCUGUGCGCCGUCCCGCCGACGGUUCAGGUCCCAGACGCUAACCGUGCGGCUUCCUUGCUGUAG